UUUCGCGCGGUGGCGGCAGCGGCACCGACGGCGAGUCGCGAGUUGGUGCGUGUAGUGGCUACGGCGCGGCUGACGGUGCCCGGGCUCCUCUCCUCUCCGUGUCUUCUCGGAUCGGACGUUUCGGCUCGCACCCCCCGCCCCGACCGUCCCGUCCCGCGCACACGAACGACGCUGUCCAGGCCUGCUGCUGCUGCCUUCAGCUGGACUCGUUUUCUCUGCGCAUUUUCUCCGCAAUUUCUUGCGUAUCCGGACGUGCAACGCGGGCGUUUUCUGCAGACUGCCCUGUUUUGCUAGCGCAGAUAAGGAGCUGUCAAAUUGCAAUUUCACUCCGGCAAGCUCGCUGCUCGCGAGUGUUCGGGAACAACUUGAGACGCCCAGUGCUUAGUUAGGUUCUUGUACUUACUUUUUGCCAUUUGGUUUGCUGACUUGCUUCGCGCUCGACCCUAUCAGCGACAAUGCGACGCGUGGGAAAUUGUGUGUGCUACGGUUCGGCGGUGGCCUUUCUGCUCCUUGGGAUCUUACUCGGAGACUCUUCAGUAAAAGCCCAAGACCAGGAAACGGAAGUGCCCCAAGACCGGAAAGUGGAGUUUUUGACAAAAGAGCAGACAUUCUUCCUGAGCCUUGGUGACUCUGUGUCUCUCCCGUGCAAGAUCGUGCAGUCAAGCGAAGAUGAGUUCAUCAAGGUGUGGCUCAAGAACAACGACAUCUUGUUCGCUGGGACUUUUCGUGUGGUCACGGACCCGAGGCUCAGCCUAGGUCCCGAGGGCGACCUCAAAAUUGAUGGCCUGGUGGCCUCGGACGACGCCGUCUACACCUGCAAGGUCAACAGUCAGAUCGAGCCAAACUCCAUCCAGCACAAGAUCGUCCUUCCAGGACCCCCCAAGGUGUCGACAAUUCCGGAAAGCGGCGAGGUGACAGUAAUGAAAGGGGAGCCCCUGUAUUUAGGCUGCAUGGCGAGCGGAAAGCCCGACUCCACCAUCACGUGGCGACACAUGGAUCAUAUCAGCACCUCAAAUGUGGCACGGUCGUCGAGGUCCAACGACUCUUCUAUUGACGUCACCAAGCUGGUUCAAGACAACCGCAUCGACAUCGAAGCUGCCGACUCGAAGUACUCCGGAACUUACGAGUGCACCGCCUCUAACGGCUACGGCAAGCCCGUCGUGGCUUACAUCACCGUGAAAGUUCUCGGCAAGCCGACGGUGAAGACGUCGCUGCAGUGGUCGUCGGGCGUGGGCGGCAGCCUGAACGCCGAGCUGCUGUGCGUGACGCACUCGGAUGUGCCCGGCACGACGCGCUGGCUGCGCAACGACGGCACGUGGCUGAUGCACGGCGAGUCCGUGUCCCUCUACACGGCUGGCAACCACUAUACGGCCCGCUUCAAGCACGUCACCGAGCGAGACUACGGGAACUACACGUGCGAGUCCAAGAACAAGUUCGGCGUCACCGCGGACACCAUCGAGCUUCAAGCUGCACCGACCAGGCCAGUCGUGAUGGGCGUUGAGGGACCCAACUCGACAGCCUACCUCAUCUCGCUUUCCUCGGUGGCUCCGUAUCCCAUCAACAAGUACAUCAUCUACAUCCGGGCGGAAAAGCACGCCCAAGACAUUGACGAAUGGCGGAACAUCACGAUUCCGAGUAGCCGCGGCCACGACAUGCAGAAGAUGGGAUCAAAGGCCGUCACGAGCUACCUGAUAACCAAUCUCGAGCCCGAGACUCGAUACGAGGCGCUCGCUGUCGCCACCAACGAAAUGGGCACGAGCGGUCUCACCAGCUUCGACUUUAUGACGGCAUUCGCCCUCCCUAAACAGCCGUUGAGUACCAAAGCCAGCGAGGAAGUUGAAGCUGGUCUACAAGCUAAUGACCCUGACGCCUUACAAGAACAGAUCAAGGAUGGCGGCAACGGAAACGCUGGCACCCGGGCCACACUCCUCAGUGCGCACAUGAUCGGGUGCGUCACGGUGGCGCUGCUUUCGAUUUUUUUCUGCUGAACACGUCGAUCGCCAUGAGCCGAAUAGUUUUUCUUUUGCCACCCGUGGACUACGUCUGACACACCGAGAGCGCCGCCGACCAACGAACGUUCUUCUUGACGCGCCGAGGCGCGCGCACCCGAUUUCUUAUUUUGUUCGUCUCCCUUGCGAAGAGUAAGGCUCAUCAUCGAUGUUCAUGAUAAUUAUGAUAAUUAUUAUGUUUAUUUCACUUCCUCCUCGUCCCCCUCUCCCUCUCUCUCAAAGGUCCACGCGUAAGUUGGGAACCCUUCCUCGGUUGUUCGCGCUGCCUUUCUUUCUUUUUUUUGCGAGGGAUAUCGUAUUUCUAUUCUACUCUUCACUCCGUCUUUUCACUUGAUCUGCCUGGUGUACACUGCGCAGGCAACGAUACCAGAAAACGCAAGCGAAAAAAAAAAAUAACAGUCACGCACAAGACGGGUGGCUCGUGUUUUCUUCAGUCGUCAUCUGUUGUGUGCAUUGAGCAGCACACGCGAAAAGCCAUUAGGCUACAACCACCAGCUAUCUCUCAUAAAAACCCUCUGUUUGCGCUUCACGUCUCACUCACGUACCAGCAGCUAUAAGCGCCAUUCCCACCAAAAUUUCUAAUCAACUUGUUAACAGCCUUCACUCUAUGACGCUUCAUAGAAUACACUAUACACUCAGAACUCUCAUUUCUUAAGAUUUCCCUCUUAGCAGUCUUUUCUCCACGGAGUAUAGGUGUGUAGUGGCGAAGGAAUCUUGCGAAGUCAAGGUGCGGUACGACUCACGAAUGCGCGGGAGUGUUAGCGUGGCUCUUCAUGGUCGAAAUCAUUUGUUUUAUUUCUUCCACUUUUCGCAUAGCUAUAUAACGAAGGCUCCGCUUCGAGUGCAGCCACGUUAAGGCUUCAUUUCUUAUCUUUUUUUAUCUGUGGCGCUUGUUUCAUCUACUACUAUCCAAAGCAUAGAAACUCUUCAAACCUUCCAACUAUUGACGCUCUUGCUGGCCUUGAGCGAACCGUUAGCACUUAUAUGACAUUGAAAGGUCCUGUCCUGUGUUCCUACGCGUCAUCCUCAGUUCUUCUGGUGAGGCGACAAAACUGUCCUGUAACCAAUGGCUCAAGCUUUAAUAAGAGUUCCGGAUUUGCCAUCUUAAGUCAAUAGAUAUGAAGUAUUUUAUGUUCUAACACUUAAAUUAUUCUACAGUAAAGCGGCUCUUACGCUUAAAUAUGGCACAUUGAAUAUCGUUGUCACUCUAGCCAAUACCCUUUGCUGCCUUUCAUGAUAACUAUCUUUUGUGGCGGCAACUUAGGAACUAUCACAGUUAUCGCCUUACUGUACAAUACUACGCUAUCAAGCGUCACUGGCAUAAUUCGUGUGCCCUGGCGUAACGUGUCGUGUUCUGUCAAACUGAUGGCCACAAAAUGGGCCACUUUUUUCUGUCAACCUGUUAAGUUUUCUCCUGUCUCAUUUUUUUUUUUUAAACUCAUGUGAAAUGCAAUGUCUUGUCAUGUUCGUUUUGUAUAGCUUGUUCUAUGGAGGCUGUAAAAAAAAGAAAGCAUAUAUGUAGCGCAACUUUAUUGAUUUUUUCUUUUGUAUCCAUUAACUUCAUCGUCAAAAGUGUCAGCUUCUGUGUUCUUCUACUGAAAAAAAAUUAUACAUAUAAAUAUAGCAUGUUUUCUUCUUUCAUUUUUUUCUUGUGACUGGAAAGUAUUGUGUCGGAUAGGAGAAAGAAUGGAAACGAAAAAUGAAAACAUACGGACGUGGCUUUGUCGCAGCUAAUUACUUAGCAGCGGUGUUUUGCACGUUGGCUUUCUCGUUACAUGCACGCAGCUUUCCCUUUCUUCUUGGACAGGCAUGCACCUCACAGCUUUCCACUGCUCAAAACGUUGUCGCUGAUUAAGAAAAUUAGGCUGGAACCAUUUAUAUUACAGCGACAGUUACUGCUUCAAACACGAUGAAGCGGGAGCUACGGUUGAAAGAAGCUUUUUGAUGCGUGCACUUCAGAGAAGCGAAAGUAAAUCUGCCAGUUUUGUUUGUGUGCGCACGCAUCUCAGAUGAAAACGUGCACACAAAAGAGGUAUUUACUCUUUCCCGGCCCUUAUUUAUUUCGGUUAGCGUAAGGACGUCCGGGUGUAUUGGGACUACUACCUUUCAACAGUCCUUCGCGUAAAUUCAUGUUUUCGCUGACAUCACACGCACGUUUUUUGUAAUUAAUUUAACACGUGUACAGUGCUGUGUACAUUUAAAUGGAACAUGCGCGUAUGAGAGGGAUACUUUGUGGAUUUGUGCGAGCGUGUUGGCGCCUGCCAUCGCCUCGUUUCAAAGAGAAUAAUAGUAAAGUACAUCCAUCUACUGGUGGAAGCAGUCUAGACACAUGACGCAGGCUCGCAUAGGAAUACUCACUUUGAAUUCGCCUCCUAAAAAGCCGAGUGCUUCCAUGGCUGUCACAAAGUGAAAAAUUCCGCUCCGCGCUUCCUUGUAAUGUUAAUUUUAAUGAGCACAACGUACUUUUACGCAAGGUAAAGAUUGUGAGUUUUGACACAGCGGCGUUGAGAUUUUGGUCGCGACAGUCUCCGGUGAGACACUUGUUAAGUUACUGGUGCCUGUCCAAAGAACAGUGAUGGCGGCUAAUUGUGCAAGAAGCGGUGUUACUGUAGUACAGAGACAGCUGGCGUAACAGAACUCCGUUGCUACUCGCCUGAAAUUAGGGAGAAAAUAAAACAAUAAAAGGAAGUGGUGUGUAUGAGUGUUUUGACAGAAGCUGUCUCUGCUCGAGUAUUUAUUGCACCGAAGAGCAAGAGACAGCGUGUGAUUCACUUAAAUCCCGAUUACCUUCACUUGCGUGUCGCAAAGUUGUUGUAGCCUUCUAGCACCUGUUUAGCGUGUCGCGCCCGAAAAAUGGUGAGAGAAUGUUUGUGGUACAGCGAAUAUCAAUACUCGAAAUUCUGAAGUGCUAGAGCAUCAAGUAUUCUUGUUGACUGUACUUUGCGAGGUUACGAAUGGGUUCCGAAAGGUUUCUUUCUUUUUUUUCCCCUGGGCGUUCGAACACUUUAUCAAGCUCCUAUAAUCGAUACUGCCAUCUAUUUAACUCACGUUACUGAUGAUGAAGGCUAGACAGCCUAGAUUUGCCCUCUUGUCAACAGACGCUGCUAGCUGAUGCUAUUUUCAGUCCGAGUGGCGAGUGUAUGUUCAUUAGCUACGCGAGAGACCAUCUUCUAAUACAACACAAUGGUUGGUGGAACAUCUUUAAAGCAUGACCAAAGGCAAAUUCUAGGCGUUAAUAACACAAGCAGCUCAUUUUCAAAGUAUUGAAAGUAAAAGAUACUCUUGAAUGGCGUGUUAUCUUUUUUUAUUUUGUUUUACUUUGAGCAUAGGUGACAUGUAUGGUUGUACAUUCCAAGCUACUGUGACAAAUUAUUUGCAGUUGUGGCCUUUAUGUUUCAACUCAACAUGGUUUCGCCUGCAGCAGCCGUCACACCAAAGUGCCUCUGAGUUUGUAAGCGUUAUGAAAGAAAAGCUUCGAAAGCUGCGAUGAUUAGCUUGGCAUAACUUCCGUCUCGAGCAUUGGCGCAUUGCUACAUCGAACUUUUUUUUUUCACAACCGGAAAACAGCUAAUGAUAAUUGGCUGAUAGAUUAAGCCACACAGUAUCCAUGGAAGAGCACUUCGCCAGUGAAUAACAGACGAAUUGACAUUAUGUCGAACCCUUCGUUUCAACCUUCCAGGAGCGCCUUCUUUUCACGUAUUGAUUACUCCUCUCAGUUGCUGCUAGCGGUGAGGUAGAGCAGAUGCGACGAGGGGCACUUUCCCAAGCACCGAAUGUGACGUGGUCUCGCAAUACAGUCACAGCCAGCGAGCAGUUGUCACUGCUGCAAAUAAUUUCUCUUGGCAUUUGGAAUAUACAAGGAAAGCAGUUCAGUCUUGUGGAUUUUGUGAAUGUUCUGUCAAUAAAGUCAAUUACAACCAAGG